UGGAAGUAGCAGCAGUAGAAGCCGCCGCCGAGGGUUCCAGCGCUCUAGCAGAGGCAGGCAGGCAGCCUUUUCCUUGCCUGCGCGAGCUAGCGAGGCGGCGUGUAGAACGCAAAGCCCGCCAGCCUUCUCUCCUUCUGUCGCUUCUUGCCUGCUUGUCCCCGUCGUCGGCCAGUGCUCUCUUCUCCCUUGGCGGCCAAAUGAUGAACUUUCUGCGGCGCAGGCUCUCGGACAGCAGCUUCAUCGCCAACCUGCCCAAUGGCUACAUGACCGACCUGCAGCGGCCAGAGCCCCAACAGCCUCCUCCGCCGGCUGCGCCGUCUUCCUCUCCCUCGGCGGCUCCGGCCUCGGCUUCUCCGGCCUCGGAACGCAGGCAGCCGCAGCCGGCGGCGGCGCCACCACCCCAGCCGCCACAGCAGCAGCAGUCGGUUGGCAGCAGCUUCUUCAGUUCCCUCUCCAAUGCUGUGAAGCAGACGGCAGCCUCGGCGGGCUUGGUGGACGCGGGCUCGUCUUCCUCAGCGGCAGCCAAAAAGUUCAAGCUGCUGCUGGUUAUCGAUGAACCUCACACGGACUGGACCAAGUGUUUUCGUGGAAAAAAGGUCCAUGGGGAAUAUGAGAUCAAAGUUGAACAGGCACAAUUUUCAGAGGUCAAUUUGAUAGCUCAUGCUGAUAGCAAUUAUGCUGUAGAUAUACAAACAUUCCGAAAUGGCACUAAAGUUGUCAGAUCAUUCAGGCCUGACUUCGUUCUUGUUCGACAACACUCAUUCGGCAUGGCAGAAAAUGAAGAUUUUCGUAACUUAAUCAUUGGGAUGCAUUAUGCUGGCAUCCCAAGUGUUAACUCCCUAGAGUCAAUCUACAACUUCUGUGACAAGCCCUGGGUGUUUGCCCAGUUGGUGUCCAUCUACAGAACCCUGGGAUCAGAAAAGUUCCCUCUAAUUGAGCAAACCUUUUAUCCUAAUCACAAGGAAAUGCUGACAUUGCCAACAUUUCCUGUUGUUGUGAAGAUUGGACACGCUCAUUCAGGCAUGGGGAAGGUCAAGGUAGACAACCAUUAUGAUUUUCAGGAUAUAGCCAGUGUGGUAGCACUCACUCAGACUUAUGCCACCACCGAACCCUACAUAGACUCCAAAUAUGACAUCAGGAUCCAAAAGAUAGGCAACAACUACAAAGCAUACAUGAGGACUUCUAUAUCUGGAAACUGGAAGACAAACACUGGAUCUGCAAUGUUGGAACAAAUUGCCAUGUCAGAUAGGUACAAGCUCUGGAUCGACAGCUGUUCUGAGAUGUUUGGAGGUUUGGACAUAUGUGCUGUCAAAGCAGUUCAUGGCAAAGAUGGGAAGGAUUAUAUUUUCGAGGUUAUGGAUUGCGCAAUGCCUUUGAUUGGUGAGCAUCAAGUUGAAGACAAACAGCUUAUAACUGAGCUUGUUGUAAGCAGAAUGAAUCAAAUGUUAUCUAAAACGCCUGUACCAUCUCCUCAGAAACCAGCUGCCACUCAGCAGCCACAGAGUGGAUCACUUAAGGAGCCAGAACCAAACAAAGUCCCACCCCAGCGACCACCUCCUCAAGGGGGCCCAGUGCAACCCCAAGGAAUGCAAUCACAAGGCCAGGAGCCAUUGCAACCACAGCGUGUGUUCCCUCCGGGGCAGUCAGCAAAGCCCUCAAGUUCCCUGCCUCCACGUCCACCUGGCCCUGCAACUCAACAACCACGUGCCCAGGCCCCAGGUCCUUCAAGUGCUGGGCCACCAGCGGACACAGAGACUGAGCCCUCACCAGCUCCACCACAGAAGCCUCCGUCACAUCCCCAACUGAACAAAUCACAGUCUUUGACCAAUGCCUUCAACUUCACUGAGUCAUCUUUCUUUCGAUCAUCUGUGAAUGAGGAUGAAGCAAAAGCUGAAACUAUCCGAAACUUGAGAAAAUCCUUUGCCAGCCUCUUUUCUGAUUAGCCACAUAGAGUUUGGUUUCAUGUGUCUGUAACACGUUUCAGAGUUUACUGUGAACAUCAUUUUGCAAACAUAAUUUCCUUGUGAAUGACCCUACUUUGCUGUUACAAGUGUUGUAUUAAGCAAUAUGCUAAACUCUUUUGAUAAGGGACUAUAAUGAGAUAUACUUCAGGUAUUUAGAAAAAAGAAGCCAAGAGGAAAAGCUAUACAGCAGAAUGCUUAAAGUCCUCGUCAACUGUGAUAUUGUGGCCUUACCAUUAAAUGCACUAGGUCAUCACACUCAACUCUCCUUUGUGAAAUCAUUAGAACAUACCAUUACAUUGUGAGUUUUCUCCAGUGCUCAAUCUACUGCAUGUUUGUUUGUUUUGCUUGUUUUAAGGUAUUUAGUUCUGCAAGGGUUCAGUCUUUAAACCUGCUUUCUUGCUCCCAGAGCUUUAGUGUACAACUUCACCCUGGUGUUUCCUGUUAACCCUUUUUCACCCUGUGAAGAAACUAAAGCAGUUUUUUACCCUUCGCAAGUUUUCUAUCAGCUGAAUGUUCUGAUACGCUGUUAAGAGCAAACUCUGGGAUGAACCAAUGUUAUAGAGCUAUGUGUCUAUAUUAUUGUAUUCUCGUAUGUCUGUUAUACAGUUAUUUGCAGCCUGUCAACAGUAACUUUUGAUUUG